UUACAAGAUCUGGCCGUCUUUAUGUAUGUGAACAAAGUGGCAAUAUGUGCUAGGUAUCACGAACUCACUACUUACCACGAUCAUUCCCUUUCCUUGCCACAGAGAAAUCUUACCUAGGUACAUGUCUGCAAGAGGUAGAUAAAGAUUGGCUCUUCAUUGAACGCUCCCUUAUUCUUUUCUUGCAAUAUAUAAUAUAUUCCAAGUCAUUCCGCCACGGACUACAAGACAUAGUAUCUCCUUCCUUCAAUCGUUCCCUUUGCAAACUCCAGGGGGCCUUUAAGGUAGGUAAUAAGCGAUGCCAGCAAAGUGAAGAAGUGAAACAAUAAUAUACUCCUGUCACUUAUGCCGUUUGAUAAAGAAGCAUCACCAACUCAUGAUACUAGAUUCGUGGACAAAGAAAUGUGUAGUAUAAGUACCCAGGCAGUAUUUCACGGACCAGUACUCCAAUCUAGUAUCUCCAUCAAAGUCAAACAGAGAAAGCAUAAUCACGAUGGAAUACCCACAUCCCAAUUCUCCGUCUUCCGAAAGUGACGAUAAAGAAUGUGUAGCACCAGGCCCGAAGCUGACGCCCGAGCAUCUUACCACCCCUGAAGAUACAUACGCGUUCCUUCGGCACUUCGACACCGUAUUCCUCAUUGACGACUCGGAGGGGAUGUUUGAGUAUUGGCCAGAGAUAGCUGCGCUGCUUCAGAGCAUCGUUUCGAUUUGCAACGAGCAUGACUCUGACGGCAUCGACGUUUUUUUCGUGAACCACCGGCCACCCGGGCAUCGCCUAUCCGGGUUCCUUGGCUCCGAAGACGACCGCUCCGGAUACCGGCACAUUCGAAAGGCGAGUGGUUCGAUCGAGAUGCGGGACAACGUGGCUGGAAUCUUUGCCAGGGUGGUCCCCCGCGGGAGCUGUAGGCUCGGACGUCGGCUAGGUUAUAUCUUGAACAGUUAUAUGCGUGAUUACGAGAUGGGACUUCAGACCAGCAUCGACGGACCCACUGGGCAGCGCCACUACCUAAAACCACUGAAUCUCAUCGUGAUCACGGCCGGCUUUAGUGAGGAUAACCCGAAGGAAGCGCUGAUCCAGACGGCGCGUAGGUUAGACGAACUACACGCGCCAGCGUACCAGGUCUCCGUGCAAAUGUUCCGGGUCAAUGAUGACGAGUCGCCACGGCUGGCUAUGGGGUUUUCUUAUGACACUCAAACCGAAGCGCUGGAUAUGAGAGAUAAGGCACCCCCGGUUACGUGGAGUGGUUUAGAGGGGGAGUUGACAUUGGAGACAAUAUUGAAGACUGUGCUGUUUUCUGUGAAGAGUUGUAUUGACAAGCAGGAUUGAAAUACGUUGCUAACGACUCCUUAUCUCUUAGACUUCGUGAUGAUUUCCAUUAAAGUUGUCCGAGGGUUGAUCCUUUGCCAUUCCGUAGAUACCUAGAUAGCUCUUGCAUCGAGAACAUAUGAAGCCCU